AUGAUCUGUGACUGCCGCUCCAGCCUCGGCAGUCUACCUAAACCUACGCCCCGCUGCGGCCUGUGCACGGGCGAGCCGCCCUGGGUGUGCGGACAACCAGAGACGACGUCAGCGGCAGUCUACGUCGUAUCGGGUGCCGCCCCGCACGCCUACGAGGGUUGCUACCCCGUCGCCCCUGACGACGCGUCGCUCGUCGUGAACGACGGCCCGCGUCAGAUCUUCGGCCUGCGGUCGGCGCGUCGCGCGAGCCUCUGCAUCGACGCAUGCGCGGACGUCGGCUACGUGUACGCGUCGCUGAGUCGCGCAGACGACGCGCGCAAUGAGCUGUACUGGCAGUGUCGCUGCAGCAACACACGCGUGUACAGCGACGAGAAACCGACAACAGGCGGUGUCGGAUGCGAACCGUGUGACCUCUCGUAUAAUCUGUGUGGCUUCCCAGGAUAUAAGGCUGUCUACGCCACCCGAGCUAACAACCGAUCCUCAGAGGAGGCGGAGGCAUUCCGAGGGUGUUACAAUGCGGCACCGCCAGGUGGCGUCAGCGAGUUCGAAUUCGAUUCAACUGAACAGAUGAACAUCCUCACCACGAGGGCGAAGUGCGUCGCAGCGUGCGCUAAGGAGAACUACCCAUUCGCAGCACUACAGGCGGGUCACAGCUGCUUCUGUGGCAAGAUCUACGGAACCUACGGUCCGUCGCCAGCGCCGUGCAGCACCCCCUGUACAGGAGACAAGGCGAAGACUUGCGGCGGAGAGGGUGUCGAGGUGUAUGCAACCAAUGCGGCAGCGUGGGACAACAAGCCAAAAUCGUGGUCCAGCUUCUUCUCCGCGGGAGAUUUCAUCGGCUGCUACGUCACGGCGUUCUCGCAUGUCGCCAUAGCAACGCCCAACACCACCGCAUCCCCGCCGCCGACGACGACGACGACGACAGCCUCCGUCGGUUCGUCAGAGACGAGUGUCCCGUCGAAUUCGACGUCGUCGUCUGGUAGCACGGAGCCGACGACAGCGGGGAAGGUCGACGGGGAUCAGGAGAGAGACGAGGGAGAGGGUCGAGUCGAUGUGAAGACGAAGAAGAGUACAUCUAUCUCUCAACCUCAGAUGAAAUACAGUAAUGCACCGGACAUGGGCGCCACCAACGUCAGCCUAGAGUUUCUAGAUGCAGACAACCCGAGCGAAGUCAUGAUCUCAAGUAACUCCGUACAGGUGAUGAUGGAGUCAGACGACACGCACCUAGCAACCGUGUACACGGGCGCCGUCGCUACAGACGCCGCCGCCGCCGACGACGAUCAGGAGAAGCUGGAAGCCAACGUUCUCGUGUCGGGAUCCGAGAACGGAGAAACUCGGAUCGCAUCCGAUGCCGAUCCGGUACAGCAAGCAGAUCUGCACAGUUCUAAUGCAGAAGAAGAUGCUGGCAAGAGAACGAGUAACAGUAGUAGCAGUAGUAGCAGCAGCAGUAGUAGCGGCGGCUGGGGUGAUGACGAGGAUGGGGGGGAACAGACCGCUGUGGUAGGAGCAGCAGGGGCGGGGGGCGAAGUCAACAAUACAGAGGUGAAUGGAGAGGCAGAGAAUACAGGAGAGGCAGAGAAUACAGGUGAGGGUGGAGAAGUAGAGAAUACAGAAGUGAAUGGAGAGGCAGAGAAUGCAGGUGAGGGUGGAGAAGUAGAGAAUACAGAAGAGAAUGGAGAGGCAGAGAAUGCAGGUGAGGGUGGAGAAGUAGAGAAUACAGAAGAGAAUGGAGAGGCAGAGAAGGCAGAGGAUGCUGAAGUAUCAGAGAAUACAGAAGUGAAUGGAGAGGCAGAGAAUGCAGGUGAGGGUGGAGAAGUAGAGAAUACAGAAGAGAAUGGAGAGGCAGAGAAGGCAGAGGAUGCUGAAGUAUCAGAGAAUACAGAAGUGAAUGGAGAGGCAGAGAAUAUAGACACAUAG